AGCAACGUGCACUGAUUAUUUUCCUAGCUAGAACAUGAACAGUGUCAAGGAAGAAUGUACGCCUCUUAAACGUGAAUAUGAUGCGUGUUUCAACAGGUGGUACAGUAACAAAUACCUGAAAGGUGACUACCAUAGUGAUGACUGCGCAACACUGUUUGCCAAGUAUCAAGAAUGUGUCAUGAGUGCUCUGAAAGAAAAGAAUUUGAAUAUUGCUGAGCUACAGGCAAAUGUUCUCGGAACGGAUAGAGAACAGAGAUCACCAGAGGAUGCGAAGAGUUGACGCCAACAAUGGCAGAAUACAGUUUCACUGAUACUGCUCAUGCAAUUAAUUAUUACAGAUACACUUCUGAUUUAAUUAAUUAAUAAAGAACAUACCCGGUAGUAGUAUUUUAGUUUAGCUGUAGUGCUCGCUCUAUGCAUUCUGGCAUUGAAUAUAAUUGACAAUGAGAGUCCAUUUGUCAUAAAUGGAACAUAGUGCUA